AUGGAGUGGCCAGGGGAUUUUCCUGAAGACCAUGCCUUUGUGGAGCUGCUGGUUCCAGGGGUUUCCAGUGAGCUGGACUUUGAACAGUUUCUAAAAGACACAGAGGAGAAACUCAGUCUCAAUGCCAGCAGCAUUGAACAGCAGCUAAAGGAGAUCCAGAGCAAAAUGGGAGACUCCCGGGCAGGGGAACGUCCGCCGAGCCCUUCAGAGUGCCUGCAGUGGUUCAGCCUCAGAAUGCACAACACUGUCAGGCCUGUCACCACAGGACAUCAAGAGCUCAUGGACUUCUUUAGAGCUUUGCAACAGUACCUGCAAUCUGAAGAAGAGGAGAAAGAGGAGGUGACACUUCAGCUACUGCUUAAUCUGUCUGCCCAGUGUGGUGUCUGUUUUCCUUGCACCCCUUCUUCUUCUCCCUCAUCUUCCUCUCUUCAUCCUCAACUGACUGCCUCCUCCAGCCACUUGGUACAUACAGUCAGAGAUGAUGCUUCAUUAGAGAUCCAGGAGGCAUGGGAUGAUGUGCGUCACCAGCUGCGUCGCCACCUGCUGGACCGGCUGUCUUCUCGCAGCCCAGAGCGUCCUGGACACAGCCAAAUUUCCAUUCUGUCCAUCCCAGAACGGAUCCACUGUCUGCAACAGCUAUUCUUUCUUUAUCCUGAGAGUGAGGUGCUCACACAUUACCAGGCCGUAAAAAGUCAAUCUGUGCAGGUUAUUCUGCACUCAACCAUGAGCUCCAGCCCAAGCGGUGAGACUGGCUUUGACAGACUGGCUCAGGGUUUCCGCUUUGUGAUCCCAGCUCUGACCCAGGCCCUCACAGAGGAGCUACAAGUCCUCUCAAGACUAGCAGAACCGCACACCAUCCUCGGUUUCCUUAAUGCAGCUUACCUCAGCACUGUGGCCCGAGAACUGGCCUCCCUGGUGGACAGAGAGUGUGAGAUGGCCCUGAGGGACAACACCUCGCUCAGCGGCAAGAUCAAAAAAUAUUCAGCCAGGUCCCGCGCAACUGUGGUACCAAUGGAGCUUCCCAUAAAAAACAGGAGCUUUAGUCUGACCUCCCACCAGUUGAGGGCGUUAACCCAGCUGGCCUGCACUCUGCUGGGGUUUGAGAGCAAUGUGAAGGAGCUGGUCACUAACAUGACCUUCAUUAACUGUACAGGAGACACUCCCUGUGUAAAAGGCAUCUUGAAGAAGAGUAGAGAGGAUUCAGACAUGACAACAGACUGCAAGAAAUCCACAGCAGAAACACUUCUCCACACACCGGAGGUUCUGGAGUUUAACUGGAGGUCAGCAUUUAGGGGACUGGUCCCUCACAUGGAGCAUUGUGUUAAAGUGGUACUGGAUGAUGUUUGUGCCAAGAGUCUACAGCAGGAAGAGGCCUUAUAUCGUUCAGGACACACCUCCGUCAUCCUGUGUUGCACAAGUGGACACAGCGCCGUCGCUGCCAGCACCACACAUCUCAAAGAAGACUCCUACACGUACUCGGAGAGAGAGACUCCCAAAAUGAUAGCCAAGUUCUGUGGAACAAUCAUGGCUGAGUUGGAUGCCUUACUACCCUUGGCAGCAGCCUGCCGGGACAGCUCUCUCCUGGAGGUGCGAUCGAGCUUCGUGGAGGCGUGUGGCAGGGCAGCGUUUGCCAUGUUGGGCCGUGUGCAGGAGAGGGCCUUGGAGGUACCAUCCUCUGCACCCCUGAAGAACCUGCCUGCUCUGCUGGCCACUUGCAUUUAUGUGCACCAACAACUGGAGCAUUACUACACCAGGCUGAGAGAUUCACAUGCUACUGCUGCUAAAGUACCCCUGACCCUACUGCCAAUACAGAAGUACAGAGACACAGUGGACGCCCUGAAAGACCAGCUGACCAGCUACUGUGUCCAGGUUUGUUCCACCUGCAUUCUUCAGGAUGCUGAGAGUCAUCACUGGGCUGACCCCAAACCCUUCUAUGAGGGCGAGCGCUGUUCCUUUUCGGUGCAGAUGUGGUUCUACUUCCUGUGUGGGCUCCGUAGCGACCUGUGGGCUGUCCUUCCGGCAGAGAUGGCCAAGGACGUGCUGGGCCAGGUGCUGUCAGAGACUUUACAGCUGCUAGUGCAAAGAUAUGCCAGGGCCCGUGCUUCAUACAAGAGACACCUGCAAAUCAGAUGUGACAUUACGGCAGUAUUGCUGUAUGUGGAGCAGCUUAUGUGGAGUUUGUGUGAAAGUCCCGAGGCGUUGGUGCGCUCCAAUCCUUCUUCAGCAAUUGCCAUAAUCGCAGGCGGAUCUGACUGGCCAUACCAAAUCCACAGCCUGUGUGAGCAACUCCUGACAGUCCUCGUCAUUGUCACAGCACCUCUAUCUUUGCUGUAUAGGACAUUUAUGAUUAAUUCUGCAAAGGAAUCCACGCCACAGCAGCCUGACAGCUCUGUUGCACACUGGCUAAAUGCUAUCAACCCUGACCUCUUCACAGAGCAGGCCAUAAGAGAUGGCCUUAUGGGCCAGGCCGCCUUUGCAUGUCAGCUGAGGCUGCUGACCUCUGACCCAGGACGCAAUCCCAAGUUGCUACUGCGAAUGCUGCUGUACAGAGACUGUCACCUGCCCAGAAUACUCCUGGAAAACUCUUAUUUUUGUCAGGAGAGUGCCUUAGAGAUGUCGUCAGAGAGUUGCCAUGCAGGAGAUGACUUCAUAGUCACAUUGUUCAAUCUUUUCAGUUGCUUUAAUACUGUUCCCAAGGCCUUGACUCAGGCCCUUCAACCAUAUCUGGAGAGGGCACACAUAUGGGAUCAUCUCUACACACUGGCAGACACAACGCGGACAGCACCUGGAGUGAUCACCUGUGUCCGAGCUGUAGUCACCAAGUCUACCAACAGCCUCCUGGUACACCUGGUUUCCAUGGUGAUGGGUUGGCAGGCCACAGAGGAGCUGAGUGGAGCCUUGUUCAAGCGGAGUGUACCAGAGAGUGUCCUAGCUAAAAUACCCAAGGACUGGAACUACGCGCCACUGGAAGCACGGGGAAAGGAGACUGCCACUAAGACUGUCAUAUCCCUAGCCAUUCAAGCCACGUCCUUCAUUUUCACCAACCUACCUAUGGCUGUAGCGUCUCUGCCCCUCCCCAUUCGCUUCCUAUUCCAAGUGGCAGAGAAGCACCUCUCCCAGCAUGCCCGGCAGCUGCGCUUGGUGGGCCUGUUGCUCUGGGCCUUGCUAGGCUGCCUGAUCCGGGGCCUGGAGGACCCAGACACAUUAGAACAGAUCAGUGGUUUGGCCCUGGACCGUGGGGCAAAGGACCGCCUGUCCCUGCUGGCUGAGUGCCUACAGGCUGCUAUGGGCAUUCAACAGAAAGGUGUUCCUAAACCCACAGUGCACAAAGUGCUGCAGGCUCUGGAGGAGAAAAGACCCAAGUGGACAAACAUGCAGCUGCAGAAGGCCCGCAAGCUCUGCUCAGACAGUGUAUUUGAGCGAGAAAGGGAGAGCGGAGUCGCUGCGGCUGAACUGACUGAGCAGAAAAUAGGCCUGAUGCUGCUGGAGGUCUGCCACAAAGCAGGUGGCAGCGAAUACCUGAGGCAGAUCUAUCACAUCAUCCAAGGCAAUGAGGAGCUGUUGAUGUCUCAACUGAGUGGAGGCACAGACUCGCCAAAUGAACCUCCUCACUUGUUGAACUUUGGCCUUGGCUCUGACAGUCCCAUGGACACAGCCUGUUUCAACCCUCUCCACCAAUUUGACCACAUUGGCAAGAAGAAGCUGGAUCAGAGUGCCGUGGUCGACUGGGCAUGGGACUGGCCAAGGCUGCUGCCAGCCUAUCAGGGCAUGAGUCAGGUCACCUUCAAAACUCUGCUGGCCAACAGGUGGGAGAUGCAGGACGGUGCAGAGCUGGAAGAUGGAGAGAAAGCGAUGCUAGAAGAACUUCAGAAAACAUAUUUUGUGUGCUGCUGCAGUCCGGGGCCGCAGGACCCUCCUGCAGCUGAUGAGACACCAGCAAAACAGACCCAGGGGGAAACACAACCAUCUGAUAAAAGUGCUGCCCAAUAAAAGUCCAUGCAGUUUGAAUUUUUAUCGUGUUGUAAAUGUUUUGCUUGUGAUAUGCACUUGCACCUCUCAAGGUAGUAGAAUGUGUGUGCGUGUAUGUGCGUGUUUGUGUGUGUGUGUGUGUACACAUUUGUGGGUGCAACUGGGUUUGUGCAUGUAUACAUAUAGUGAGAUUGCAUACGUGUGUGCAUGGAAACUGGAAUGUAUGAGAGGAUGAGAAGCCAAAACAACAAAAAGAGUGAGGGAGACAGUGUCUCCCUCUUUAUGCACAUGCCUCAGACAAACUCCCUGUGCUUUUCUAUGCUGCAUCAGACACAUUUCAUCUUUUUGGCGCACAUCUACAGAAAUCAGUUCUGGGAAAUGGAGAACCAGGAUUUGUUUGCCUGGGACAAGAUGGGACUGUGUGAUCAUUGUAGGUAGUUGAAGUUUUUUUUUUUUGAGACAGCAAGUGUAACGACAUUGGUGUCAGCAUACUUGCACCUCGUUCCUGAAAGCAAACAUCAAGAAUUACGGUUGCGAAGCAAAGAUGAUGUGUGUUUUGAUUACAAUAUGUCCCAAAAAUCUGCCCUACUAUGUAAUAUCUGUCAGUUUUUUUGUGCAAACUUAGAAAACGUAUUUAAUGUGUAAGACGAUUGCUCUUUAUAUUUUUCCAACUGUGUCUGAUUUUGUUAUUUAUGAG